UAUAAAGAUUUUCUGGCUACGCCUCUGAGUUAUCAUAAAGGACAAAUGUGUUUUGCACCUAAACCAGGGUUGAGGGCUUAAAGCAGCUCUCCUUUUUCUCGGUGGAGCAGCAGCAGUUUUGCUUGGCUGUUUCUCUUUAAUUCUGCGGCAUCUCUCUCCUCUCUAUGCGGGAGGAGGAGGAGGAGGAGGAGAAGGAGGGCAGUGAACGGACAAUGAGCAGAUUUUGGACUCUAAUGAACCUACAGAUGAUGCGGCAUGAAUGAGACCAGAUGAUUUCUGCUCCACUAUAUCUGCAUUGAUUGAUUUUGCUUAAGAUGAAGAGACUGAUCCUGGAAACAAAGGAUUAGAGGAAUUUAGGAGGUUUCCUCUGCAGUGUUUUUUUUUUUCCUUUGGUAGCGCAGUACAGUAAAAAAGGAGUAUGACCUCAGGAGCUGCUGAUCAGUGACAGAAAGUGCGUUGGUUGCGUGAGGAGCAGAGGUUCAAGAUGAUGUCCCUGAUAGAUCUGGAUGAUGAUCAGCGGUGGGUGCCCACUCAUGUAAAUAUCACGGUGCUCCGCGCCAGGGGGCUGCGGACCAAGGGCAAGCACGGCAGCCGCUACCUCUACACCAUCAUCCAGGUGGGGAAGGAGAAGUACACCACCGGGCUGGUGGAGAAGGCGGAGAUGCCGGUGUGGGAGGAGGAGUGCUGCUUCGAGCUGCUGCCGGGGAUCCUGGAGGAGGGCGGCCGGAGCGCCUAUCCUCCUGGGAGCGGAGAUCUGGUCCUCACCGUCAUGCACCGGGUCCUGAUCGGGCUGGACGUGUUCCUGGGUCAGGCCAUCAUUCCUCUGGAUAAGAUAUUCCAGGACGGAGUGUGUCCCAGAGAUGAAUGGUUCAAGCUGAACUCCAAGGCCGGAAGAAAAGAGAAGGAACGCGGCGAACUUCAGGUGACUGUCCAAUUCACCCGCAACAACAUGACAGCCAGCAUGUUUGACCUCACCAUGAAGGACAAGCCUCGCUCUGCGUUCGGCAAGCUCAAGGACCGCGUCACGGGGAGGAAGAGGGGUGAUGUGGAGUCUUCCUCUGCCAUUGUGCCUGGUCGUUAUGCUGCGCUGUCUGGAUCCCAGGGACAGCCGUUCGGAGAGGAGGGAGGAGGUGUGGUGGAGCCACGAGAAGGGGAGGCAUCAGAGGAGAAGAGGAGCAAGAUGAAAGAUUUCUUUAAGGGAAGGCUGCGAAAGUCGUCUGACACCCGAUCCUGCUCAUCUCUGGCCUCAGAGAGCAGCAUGUCUUCCAUAGCCAGUGAUAACCUUGGCCCUCCACCCAGCCUGGAUCUGCUGUCAGACCCCCCCAGCUCCCCCAUUUACACAAGCAAAGUUAGAGCUGAUGCUCUCUAUGGGGAAACAGACUUAGCAAAGAAAGUGCUCACCAGCCAGCACACUACCAAGAUUCUUACACACAAGCGAGCCUUCAGCGAUGAAGCUAGUAAGAUCACCACAGCUCUCCCUCGAUCAAAUGCUGCAGUGGAGUCCAUUAAGGGUCAAACCAUGACUCAAUCCAAGUCAUCUCUCUGUAUAAAUGGAAGCCAUGUCUACGAUUCAGAGCCUUCAACUCCAAAAACCUCUGGAGCCCUUCCGUCCAAACUGGUCCUGUUGGAGAAAUACUCACCACUGUCUCGGUCUCUGCAGAAUCUCACAAAAAAAGGAGAGGAGAAGAGUUCAUUUGCAGAGGGACGACGGUGGUCUUUUGAUAAGCUGAAGAAGGAGGAGAAGGAGGGAGAAAAAGAAGCAUUUGGUGAAGAGGCUCGGACGGGAGGAAGCCCUGUUCAUGGAGCAAUACCAGUCAUAUCUUCAGCAAGUUGUUCACCUGAAAAAGGAAGGAAGCUGAGAAAGACAUUGUUCUCUACAGGGAGGAGUGAUUCUCUGCCAUCUAAGUCAGACCUAAGCCAGACUGGGUCUUCAUCAGAGGGAAGGCUCAGGGGCUGGUUUGGUUCCGGGGAUUCCCAGAACAAGCCAAGGCUGGAAGUUUCUCCUAAGGUAGAAAGCCACUCAGAUGUACCCCAUUCCCACUCUCCUUCCUCCCCAGUUCCUCCUCCGUGCUCCGUUCCUUCUGCCUCUCCCUCUGGUCAUAUCUCACCUGACAAUCACAGUUACAUCAACCUCUUCACCCCUUCCUCCUCUCCUUCCUCAAACCCUCUCUCCCCUUCAAACCCUUUCCUGCCAUGUAUGCAGCGCAACCCUUUUUUUGAGGAGCUAGUAGCAGAGGAGUUAGAUAAGUUGCCUUCUUUUGCUUCAUGCUCCUCUUCCGGCUCACCCCCCUGUCAUUACACCACCCUACAAGCAGAUGUUGAUUCUGAAAUUGGCAGCAAUAGUAGGGUUUCCAUUAAACGGGAGCGGCCCCAGCCAGUUGCUAAGCAGAAAUCACUACCCGCAUUGCUACCCGGAGCGGUCUCGCCUUACUCUCCUAUUCACUCUGCCCCUUGCUCUAUCACUGAACAUCCAGGAGAAUGGGAGGAAUCUUUUGAUGCCUUUGCCUGUAGCAGACUCAAAUCCCCUAAAGGUCAACUUCCGCCAGAACCACCAAGAACCAGUCCGACCCUAUCUUGUAAACAUAGCUUUUCACUAGUGGAUAGCUCUGGCUUUAACUAUGCACAAGAACUGCAAAGAUGCAACGAAGAACCUCCACCUUUACCUCCAAGGAGGCUUAUAAGAAGUUCAGUUAAUGACAUUUUCUCAGACGGCUGGUUGCACAGAGGCCAAGAGCUAGUAGUCCAUAAAGAGGCCUAUCUGCUCUCUCAGACCGGUGUGGCAUCUUUGCAACAUGGUAGAGAGGGUGAGUCCAAAAGAGAGACCCCUUCACCCAACCCAAGUUCAAGCAGUGGAAAAUCAGAGGCUGUAGGUGUCCACACCCAGUCGUACACAAACAACAACUUUGGUCUCAUGUCUGAGGAGAACCCCAAAAGGUUUAAAUAUGAACCUCUGGAAGACAAAGCUGACUGUUUGGGUGGGACGUUGUUUGAACAAGACUUGUAUGGACGUGCAAGCAGGGGAAGUUAUGGCCAACAAAGACUAAAAAGUCAUAAUUCAUUAAUAAAUUCUGAGGAAAAUACAGAAUCUAAGAUCACAUCCAUUAACUCGGGGUCUAAAGGACUUAUUGAGAAUGACAAAUUCAGCGUAUUAUCUACUCUUCCCUCCAACUUACCAGAUGUUUCUUACUGUUCAGCAGAGGAAGCAGACGAAGCUAACUCACCUGAAUCAACAUGCCUCAACAAUAACAUAUCUUUCUCACUGACAUUAGGAGAUCUUAACAUGAAUGUGAAUGAUUCAGACUUUAAUUUUAUUGACUCAGAGGGAUCUUCUCACUCAGACAUAGCUGAUAAUUUCAAAAGCAAUCUAAGGGAGAAAUUUACACCGCAAGAUUUACAGUUAAGAGACAUGUUCACAUUGAAGGACACCUACAUACCUACUCUGAACUCUUCUUUUGAAAUAUCUUCAUCUUCUAGAAAACUUUGCAAAGUAACACCAGUUUGCCAAGACAGCUGCCAAAACUGUCUUUGUGAAGUAGCAAAUGUAACACCGUGUGGCCCCUGUGGGUCAAAGAGCCAAGAGAGUGUUACACUGGUUCAAACCAAUAACUCUCUGGAUGUUGAAACUGAAACACUUAGAGGUGAACAAAUAAAGUAUAAUACGGGGAAAGACUGUGAUGAUAAUGGGAACCCAGGAGACAGAGUGGACAAACCUAAGCAGACUGAGACAUUUUCAGGUGUUGUUAGUGCACGAAUCAGACCAAAAGGAGCUUCCAGACAGAACAGCAAUGACAGCCCAAGCAGCCAUAGCAAAUAUGGAGACAGAGAGUUUGUAGAGUUUCUAUCCCUUGUCCAGAACAUUUCCGAGGUCAGUGAAGGACCUUUGUCUUAUCAACCAACUAAAUCAGUGCUUGCUUCCUCACUAGCUCUAGAACAGCCUGAUAAUCCUAAACUGACUUCUAUCACUGACCAAAACAGACACUUUUUCUUGAACAAUAUAUCACAUAUGUCUUCACUGGAGAACACAGUAUCCAAUGUGGCAGAGACAUCCUCUACAAUCAGCUUUGAAGAUCUCCAUGCAAAAGUUGCACCAAACUGCAGAACUCCUUCCAAAACAAAGAUUCUGAAAUCUUUGCAAAUACAUGAACCCUGCUCUCCCUCCAUCCCUUCUACGCUCCCCCUGUCAACUGACACCCUGAUCUGUAGCCCCCUCAUACAAUCCACAAGCACAGGGCCCAGUGCUAAAGUCAGCACUUCGCUGGCUAUGGCCACCUACACCUCCCCGGUGUCUACCACCUUCACCACUGACCAGCCCCUGAAAGAUGCACGGCACUCACUUUUACCUGAGGAGACACAGCCUGCUGGCAGCCUGCCCCAUCAGGAGAGCAGAUCUCAUCCAGUGAAACCAUUGACAUCCAGCCAGCCUGACAAGAAGGAGGGUCGCUCAGUUCUUGAGAAGCUUAAAUCUACCAUAAACCCAGGACGUUCCACCCUCCACGUCACGUCUGAGCCUGAGAAGAGUCAGGAGGUGACUGCAGAUAGAGUGGCUCAGUAUCAGCACCUGACCAACAUGGAGCUCAUCUCUCUGCUGCUGCAACAGGAGAUGGACAUGGAGAAGCAGCAGGCAGCCUCUGAGCAGCAGGGGGCGCAGCUAGAGAAAUGCGAAGCCGAGUUGAAAAAAAUCAAGGCGCAGGUUAGAGACCUGGAGGACUACAUCGAUAACCUGUUACUGCGGAUCAUGGAGCAGACGCCCACAUUACUCCAAGUACGCUCAAGGCACAAGCAAUGAGUCUGCGUAUGAGUUUAACAUCGAGAAAAUAUGCAAAGAAUAUUUACAACUGUUAAUACAAGCAUAAGGUAUUAUUCUGGAGCUGAAGUUUAAUAAAUGUUCCAUGGGUUUGUCUUCUUACAUCCAGGUCUUCUUACUACUGCUACUACUACUGCCUUGGUGAUGGAGAUGUAAUAUUACCUAACAUGCAUGCUUAAUAUUGUCCAAAUUUGGCACAAACAGAAACCGAAAACCUGCUAGUAGCUAAAGCUUUCAUAAAGCAGUCACAAAUUAAUAUUUACAGCUCCUUGCAUUAGAAUAACUUACAUUAGUCUACCUUUGAAAUGCAGCUUUUGCAUGCGCUUAAAAUACAUGCAAACUAAGAAAUCUAUUUUAAAUGCCUUCUUGUAAAAAUUAAAAUACAACCAAAUUGUCUUUGAAGUACAACAAACAUUUUUGGGCCAAAAAACAUGAGAUAUUUAUAAUAUUUUGAAUAUUUUAUGCCAAGGGUUAACUUAAGGGUUAACUUUAGUUAAGUAAAUCUUGUGGAAAUAGUUUUAAAACCAAAAAAAACAAACUGAAAAGCUGCUUCACAAACCCACAUGUCAAUAAAACAUUUAGUACUUCUAAAGACUGAGGAUGACAAAGCCUUAUUUUUUUGUGUGUUAUACAUUUUUUAUUUGUUAGUUUUACCAAAACCUUUUUUUUUUUCAAAUUUGAACUGAAGCAAUGAUAUUAUUUUAUUUAAAUUUUUUGCCCUAUCAUGCACAUGUACAGAAACAAAUAUUUUGCUGUAGAGAACUACUGUAUAUGACUAUCAAUAGAAGUGUUGUGAGUUACCAUGAUUUUUUUCAUUGUAAUAUAUUCUAAUACCACUCUCAAGCACACUGUAGCUAACUGCAACGCUUUAUUUGACCGCAAAACUGUACUAAAAUAAAGUGCACAU